AUGAGUGGACUUCCUCCAUCCCCAGAUGGAUUGCCACCUCCACCAGGAGUUAGUGGUCUACUUCCUCCUCCAGGCGGAAUUCUCCCUCCACCACCAAACAAUAGCUUACCUCCACCACCAAACAGCGGUUUACCACCUCCACCAAGCAGUGGCCUUCCUCCUCCUCCAAAUAAUGGCUUACCGCCACCACCAAAUGGUGGCUUACCUCCACCUCCUGGCGGUGGAUUGCCACCUCCACCUGGCACUGGAUUCCCUCCACCACCUCCAAUGAACAGCAAUAUGAUUUAUACGGAAUCAACAACCACAAUGAAGACAAUGCCUGGCGGCUUACCUCCACCACCACCAAGUUCAGGUCUUCCCCCUCCACCGAUGGACAGCGGAUUUGGUUCUCAAAGAUUCGUUCAACAGGCACCACUCGGCACUCAACUUCCAGAGCCUGGUGUCAUGCCCCCUCCAUCUGCUCAUGGAAUGAUGCCUCCACCACCUGCAGCUGGCUUCCAAAGCGGAAUGAUGCCCCCACCACCAGCUCAAGGAACAAUCGCUAUGCAGCAAAAUCAGAUGAAUUUCCAGAGCGGAAUGAUGGCAGGACCACCACCUCCAGCUCCUAAUCCUAUGGCAUUCCAGAGUGGUAUGAUGGCUACACCAAACUCAAUGGCAUUCCAGAGUGGUAUGAUGGCUACACCAAACUCAAUGGCAUUCCAGAGUGGUAUGAUGGCUACACCAAACUCAAUGGCAUUCCAGAGUGGUAUGAUGGCUACACCAAACUCAAUGGCAUUCCAGAGUGGUAUGAUUUCUACACCACCUCCAAAGACACAAGCACCAAAGCAAACUGGAUCUCCGUUCAGAGCAGAUGAAGGUCCAGAAACUUCUUUGCUCAAAACAUGCAGAGUAUGCAGCAAAACAUGCAAAGAUAAGUUCCUUUAUGCAUUUGGUAAUUGCUAUUGCCCUGACUGCUUCAAGUGCAGUAAAUGCAACAAAGUCUUGACUCCACCAGAGUGCAUAAUACAUAAGGAAUCACCAUUAUGCUUGAAGUGCGCUAAGAUCAACGGAAAACUCAAUCGUUGCUACGUUUGCUCUGACUUCCUUGAGGAUACAGAUCAAAUUAUUUCACUUCGCGAGUUAGGACAUGCAAUUCAUAAGGAUUGUUUGAGAUGUUUCGAAUGCACAACCAAAUUAACGGAAGAAAACUACCAAGUAGUAAUGAAUGAAGUUUGUUGCUUGAAAUGCAAACAAAUAGCUAAUCAGCGCAAAUGCAAGAAAUGCGAUAAACCAAUCCUUGGCAGGUAUGUUAACGACAGAACCCAUAAUUUCCAUGUCAAAUGCUUCAAUUGUUACGAAUGCGAAAAAACUUUGAAGGGAAAGAACUUCGUCGUUCACCACAACAGAUAUUACUGCCCAGAGCAAGGUAUUAGAUAUCUCAAGAGCUGCGCAUAUUGCAAGAACGAAAUUGCUUUACACGAUAUCACAAAAAUCCGCUGGCAUAACAAGUUCUAUCACAAGAGAUGCUUCUGCUGCAGAAUAUGCGGCAAAAUACUUGAUACAAGAGAUGCUUUGUGCUGCCAUAACAGACCUCAUUGUAAGAGAUGCUACGAGCAGAGAGUGAAGGAAGGAGAUGUCACAGAAAGUGGACGCACUCCAUCAAACCGCGAUCAUCGUCAUAAGCCAGAAGUAUCAAUUCAGCAACGUGAAAGAUUCAUGCGGAAAUUUGGAGACGACACAUGGAAUCCUCCAAGAUAUGCAAACCAGGUCGAAGAACAGAAAGAAGAAUCAUCUGAAGAGGAAUCAUCGAAGCAUGGCUCUCACCAUCACAGUUCGGGAUCUGCUCACAGCAGCCACCGUGGACAUGAAAGCGGCCAUCAUCAUGAUACUAGCGACGAAAGCUCUGAUUCAAACAGCAGCUCUGAUAGCACCAGCUAA